CAUUUUGGCUCUGUUGUUAAAUGAGCGUUUCCACACCGUGUUUGCUCUGUGUCCUUGGAUCUUCGAGCCUCGAUUGCACUCACAUAUGUAAAACCAGCCUUCUCAGCGGAGUGCAGGAUUUCACGGUGGCAGGGAGAGUCAGCUGUCCAUCCUAAACUGCCGCACUGCGGUUUAUUAGCACUGUGCGUGUGCUUAGCCCUAGCUUCUGACACUGCCUUUGCCUCUGCUGGAGAUACCACAGCUAUGUCUGCCUUCAACCUGCUGCACUUGGUGACGAAGAGCCAGCCCGUGGCCCCGAGAGCCUGCGGGCUCCCCUCAGGGUCAUGUAGGGAUAAAAAGAACUGUAAGGUGGUCUUUUCCCAGCAGGAACUGAGGAAGCGGCUGACACCCCUACAGUACCAUGUCACUCAGGAGAAAGGAACUGAAAGUGCCUUUGAAGGAGAAUACACACAUCACAAAGAUCCUGGAAUAUAUAAAUGUGUUGUCUGUGGAACUCCGUUGUUCAAGUCAGAAACCAAAUUUGACUCUGGUUCAGGCUGGCCUGCCUUCCAUGAUGUGAUCAGUUCGGAGGCCAUUGAGUUCACAGAUGAUUUUUCCUACGGGAUGCACAGGGUGGAAACCAGCUGUUCUCAGUGUGGUGCUCAUCUUGGGCACAUUUUUGACGAUGGACCUCGUCCGACCGGCAAAAGAUACUGCAUCAACUCAGCAUCCUUGUCCUUCACUCCUGCAGACAGCAGUGAGGCAGAAGGAAGCGGCAUCAAAGAGAGCGGCAGCCCAGCAGCAGCAGACAGAGCUGAGCUGUAAAAUCAGGGGUAGCGGUGGGAACAAAGUGUUCUUAAUGCACAGCUGAUUGAAAAAAACCAAAAAGUGGUUUAUCUUAACAGAGCUAUUUUUUCAGAAGCUAUAAGGGCAGUUUAUGCUGUUGAAAAUGUUUCUCUCUCUCUCUCUCUCUCUCUCUGUCUAGAUGGCAGUUCUGCCCAUCCAUGUAUCUUGCUGUUGACUAGGUCCAGAACUGUGUGUAGCUCUUGCAAACGGAGAUGGCUUUGUGGAGCUUCUUGGUAAGCUUCGAAGUAGCCUUGGCAUCAUUUUCUUCCAACGCAUACCUACCUUCCUUUACGUUUUGUCCUUGUAGGUACCCUUCCUUUUGAUUAAGAGGCGGAGGUUGCGUAGUGACAUCAGAGAGCUAGUGCUCAGCAGCAGAGAGGAGAGCUGGCAAGGACAGAGCAUCUAGACACAUGGCCUUUGCGAUAACGAUAGAGCACUGCAUUCGAUCUCUAGGCUGCACGGAAAGUCUGAGCUAAGGUUGUUUUUUCUCACUCGAAGGGUGUGAAGGUCUGAAGUCGUUCCUUAUGUUACAUUGUUGCCAGAUGUGAGAGGGCUCACUGAAGGUUGCCGCAGAGAUGCAAAACAUUACCUCUGGGCAGGUCUUUAUUUUAUAUUAUUUUCCACUGAAAACAGCAGAAUGUAAGACAAGUGUAAAAUACUGGGCUCCAUUUUUUUUUUUUUUUUUGUCCAAAGUUU